GCAUGAGAUGUUUGGAGGUCACCAUCCUGGCUCCCGGCAGGAGGAGGUGUCCCAGCAGCCCACUGACCGUGAUGCUGUUCCUGAAGUCAUUGUGAAGGUGGAACCUGAAGGGGAGUUGUACAGGAGGCGUCUGCAUGGAUCCGGUGACCCAGAGGGCCCUGGCCAUGGUGCUGGAGCAGGUGACAAGUGGAGGCCCAAGGAGGAGGUGACAGCAGUGGUGUCAGAGGUGGUGGAGAGCCAGAGGAUGUUGUCCUCAAGGGAUUCCCACAGUCCCCAGCCCAGAGGUCUCUGCCUGGAGAAGGUGUCAGCUCCAGCAUCCAGCGGUGUGCCGACUGCUCCCUCUGUCUGCAGGAUGGGCACAGCCAGAGUCUCUGUCUCCAAGCAGUCACCUCCCCAUGACCAUGCAGGCAAAGGUUCAUUUGCCUGCAGUGAGUGUGGGAAGAGGUUCAAACACAAGCUCAGCCUGGUCGCCCACCAGCGCAUCCAUACAGGAGAGAAGCCCUUUGCCUGCCCAGAGUGUGGGAAGAGCCUCAACAACAAACGCAACCUGAUCAGCCACCAGCGCAUCCACACCGGGGAGAAGCCCUUUGCCUGCCCAGAGUGUGGCAGGAGGUUCAACCACAAACAGACCCUGGUCACCCACAAGUGCAUCCACACUGGUGAGGAGCCCUUUGCCUGCACGGAGUGCAGCAAGAAGUUCAACCACAAACAGGCCCUGGUCAACCACCAGCGCAGCCACAGCAGUGAGAAGCCCUUUGCCUGCACUGAGUGUGGCAAGAGGUUCAAACACAAAAUCAGCCUGGUUGCCCACCAGCAUGUCCACACUGGCAAGAAGCCUUUCAGCUGCACUGAGUGUGGCAAGUGCUUCAUGUACAAAAGCACCAUGACCUUCCACCAACGGCUGCACACCGGGGAGAAGCCUUUCUCCUGCGCUGAGUGUGGCAAGUGCUUCAUGUACAAAUGGACCAUGGCCUUCCACCAGCGCCUCCACACCGGCGAGAAGCCUUUCACCUGUCCCGAGUGUGGCAAGAGCUUCAUCCAGAAAUCCAAACUAGUCAGCCACCAGCGCAUCCACACCGGGGAGAAGCCCUUUGUCUGCAACGAGUGUGGCAAGUCAUUCAUGCACAAAAGCACCCUGGCCUUCCACCAGGUGAUCCACUCUGGCAAGAAGCCCUUUGUCUGCACUGAGUGUGGCAAGAGCUUCAGCUACAAAAUCCGCCUGGUCUACCACCAGCGCAUCCACACUGGAGAGAAGACCUUCACCUGCUCAGAGUGUGGGAAGAUCUUUUACCACAAACGCAGCCUCAUCAGCCACCAGCACACCCACACUGGUGAGAAGCCCUUUGCCUGCACAGAGUGUGGCAAGAGAUUCAGCCACAAACAGACCCUGGUCAACCACCAGCACAUCCACACUGGUGAGAAGACCUUCACCUGCUCAGAGUGUGGGAAGAUCUUCUACAACAAACGCAGCCUGAUCAGCCACCAGCGCAUCCACACUGGCAUGAAGCCCUUUGCCUGCACUGAGUGUGGCAAGAGAUUCAACAACAAACAGACCCUGGUCAGCCACCAGCGCAUCCACACAGGAGAGAAGCCCUUUGUCUGCAAUCAGUGUGGCAAGAGCUUCCAUCACAAACACAGCCUGCUCAGCCACCAGCACAUCCACACUGGCGAGAAGCCCUUUGCCUGCACUGAGUGUGGCAAGAGAUUCAGCCACAAAUCCAGCCUGGUCACUCACCAGCGCAUCCAUACAGGCGAGAAGCCCUUCACCUGCCCAGAGUGUGGCAAGAGAUUCAACUACAAAAUCUGCCUGACCAGCCACCAGCGCAUCCACACUGGUGAGAAGCCCUUUGCCUGCACUGAGUGUGGCAAGAGAUUCACCAACAAAGGCAACCUGAUCAGCCACCAGCGCAUCCAUACUGGAGAGAAGCCUAUUGCCUGCCCAGAUUGUGGGAAGAGCUUCAACCAGAGAAGUAACCUGGUAACUCACCAGUGCACCCACACUGAUGAGAAGCCCUUUGUCUCCACUGAAUGUGGCAAAAACUUCAACCAUAAAAUCACUCUGGUCUCCCAGCAGCCCAUCCACACUGGGGAGAAGCCCUUUGCCUGCACUGAGUGUGGCAAGAAGUUCAAACACAAAAUCAGCCUGGUCAACCACCAGCGCAUCCACACUGGGGAGAAGCCCUUUGCCUGUUCAGAGUGCGGCAAGAGCCUCAACAACAAACGCAACCUGAUCAGCCACCAGCGCAUCCACACCGGGGAGAAGCCCUUUGCCUGCACCGAGUGUGGCAAGAGCUUCUGCCACAAAGCCAGCCUGGUGAGCCACCAGCGCAUCCAUACAGGUGAGAAGCCCUUUGCCUGCUCUGAGUGCGGCAGGAGCUUCAACCAGAAAAGCCAGAUGGUUACCCACCAGCGUGUCCACACUGGUGAGAAGCCCUUUGCCUGCACAGAAUGUGAUAAGAGAUUCAAAUCCAAAAGCAGCCUGGUCAGCCACCAGUACAUCCAUACAGGUGAGAAGCCCUUUGCCUGUCCUGAGUGUGGCAACAGCUUCAAGUGGAAACGCAGCCUGGUCAUCCACCAGUGCAUCCACGCUGGCAAGAAGCCCUUUGCCUACAAUGAGUGUGGCAAGAGCUUCUGCCAUGAAAACAACCUGGUCACUCACCAGCGCACCCACUCUGAUGAGAAGCCAUUCGUCUCCACUGAAUGUGACAAAAUCUUCAACCAUACUAUCGCUGUGGUCUCGCCGUAGGCUGGCUGCUCUGGUGAGGAGCCCUUUGCCUGCACCGAGUGUGGUAAGAGAUUCAAAUAUAAAAGCAAGCUGGACCACCAGCGCCUCCACAGCGCCGAGAAGCCCUCCGCCUGCCCGGGGUGUGGCAAGAGCUUCACCCACGAAUUCCAACUUGUCACCCAUCAGCACACCCACACCCCUGGGUCCUCGGGCAGUGUGCGGGAGGGGAUCAGCCCCAGGCAGCCAAGUGGCAGCAGAGUCCCGGGCGAGGGCAGGUGGCGGUGGCGGGAAGCGCUGCCGGUGGCGCUGAGGGGAGCCGGUGAGGCCCCGCGGCAGGGGAGGCUGCCCCGCGCGGCGCCGGCGGAGGGGCCAAUGGGAGCGGCGCUGCAGGUCACGUGGCGGGGAGGGCGGGGCUCAGGCGGGGCCGGCAGCGCCUUCGGGGCUCGUGCUGCCGGCAGAACUUCCGGGAGGGGCGUGGCUGGGGCCGGAAGUGGCAGCGGGGGGCGGGAGCGAGGCUGGGGAGCGAAGCGUCCCUGGCGCUGCGGAGCCUGCGGGGGCGCCGGUGCCAGAGGGGGCAGCGUGAGGCAGGGCGCAGCGGGGGCGUGGGGAGCGGAGUACCCGAGGAGAACGAUGCCUCCCGGAGGGGAGCAGGGAAAGCGCCGUGAUGAGCGAGGCUUGCCGGGGGGCAGCGGGAACCUGUCGGCGGGAAGCGGGGAUCCCCGGCAGGAAGAGAAGCCCCCUCUGCGGAGAGAGAUGAUCCCCGGAGAGGAUCGGGGAGCCCCUGCUGUGGUCUCCCGGUCCGCCAUGGCAGGGCAGACGCAGGUACCGGUGACCUUCGAGGACGUCGCCGUCUACCUGAGCCGUGCCGAGUGGGAGGCCAUCAGCGAGGAGCAGCAGGAGCUGUACCGCAGCGUCAUGCUGGAUGUCUGCGAGCUCUUGAGAUCCCUGGGCAUCCAGGCAGAGCCCCCGCUGGGAACUGAGCAUGAGAUGUUUGGAGGUCACCAUCCUGGCUCCCGGCAGGAGGAGGUGUCCCAGCAGCCCACUGACCGUGAUGCUGUUCCUGAAGUCAUUGUGAAGGUGGAACCUGAAGAGGAGUUGUGCAGGAGGCGUCUGCAUGGAUCCGGUGACCCAGAGGGCCCUGGCUAUGGUGCUGGAGCAGACAAUAAGUGGAGGCUCAAGGAGGAGUUGACAACAGCCAUGGCAGAGCUGGCGGAGAGCCAGGGGGCUUUGUCCUCUGAGCCACAGGGUCUCUGCCUGGAGAAGAUGACUGCUCCAGUGUGUGUGGCUGGGCUGAUCCCUCCCUCAGCCUGCAGCAUGGGCACUGCCCACAACCACAUGGCCGAAAGUCCUUUCAUCUGCAAUGAGUGUGGGAAGCACUUCAGCCCGGAGACCUCCCUGAUUCGGGACGAUCGUGCCCGCAGCAGUGGGAAGCCCUUUGCCUGCCCUGAGUGUAGCAAGAGCUUCCCCCAGAAACGCAGCCUGGUCUCCCACCGGCGCACCCGCGCUGGCAAGAAGCUCUUUGCCUGCUCCGAGUGUGGGAAGAGCUUUAAACACAGUCACAAACUGGUUGCCCACCAGCGCAUCCACACCGGCGAGAAGCCCUUUGCCUGCACCGAGUGUGGGAAGAGCUUCAGGCACAAAAGCAGCCUGGUCACCCACCAGCGCCUCCUCACCUGCCAGAAGCCCUUCACCUGCUCUGAGUGCGGGAAGAGCUUUAAGCAGAGUGACAAACUGGUUGCCCACCAGCGCCUGCACACUGGCGAGAAGCCCUUUGCCUGCACGGAGUGUGGGAAGAGCUUCAGGCACAAAAUCAGCCUGGUCAACCACCAGCGCCUGCACACUGGCGAGAAGCCCUUUGCCUGCACGGAGUGUGGGAAGAGCUUCAGGCACAAAAUCAGCCUGGUCAACCACCAGCGCCUCCUCACCUGCCAGAAGCCCUUCACCUGCUCUGAGUGCGGGAAGAGCUUUAAGCAGAGUGACAAACUGGUUGCCCACCAGCGCCGCCACGCCGGCGAGAAGCCCUUUGCCUGCAGCGAGUGUGGCAAGAGCUACACGGGGAAGGGCAGCCUGGUCUGCCACCAGCGCCUGCACAGCGGGGAGACGCCCUUUGUGUGCACCGAGUGCGGGAAGAUCUUCAGCCGCGGUGACAAACUGAUCAUCCACCAGCGCAGCCACACCGGCGAGAAGCCCUUCGCCUGCACCGAGUGCGGGAAGAGCUUCAGCCGCAGCGACCACCUGCUGUCCCACCAGCGCAUCCACACCGGCGAGAAGCCCUUCGCCUGCCCAGAGUGUGGCCGGAGGUUCAACCACAGCAACAUCCUGGUCACUCACCAGCGCAUCCACAACGGCGAGAAGCCCUUCGCCUGUGCCGAGUGCGGCAAGAGCUUUAGCCAGAGGGCCGACUUGAUUCGGCACCGCGACAGCCACAGCGGCAAGAAGCCCUUCGCCUGUCCCGACUGUGGCAAGAGGUUCAACCGCCGGGACCGCCUGGUCACCCACCAGAACACACACACCGGCAAGAAGCCCUUCGCCUGUCCCGACUGUGGCAAGAGGUUCAACCGCCGGGACCGCCUGGUCACCCACCAGCACACACACACCGGCAAGAAGGCCUUCUCCUGCCCCGACUGCGGCAGGGGCUUCAACCGCAUCGAUCGCUUGUUCGUGCAUCGGCGCAGCCACCUCGCCGACCCCAGAGCCAGCGGCAUGGGAGGUGACAGUGACACACGCCUGCGCCGCGGGCGGGUGCAGGAAGCUGCGGGCGAAGGGGGGAAGUGGGUGCUCGGCGGCGGUGAGGGCGACAUGGCAGAGCUGGAGGGCCCUGAGGUGGGCAAAGCAGAUUUUGUCCUCCUGGAUGAGGUGACCAUGGAGCAGUUCCUGGAGAACCUGCGCCUGCGGUAUGGGCACUGCUGGGGGCACAGGGAGCGGGCACCCCAAGGGCCACCUCGGUGGACCAAACGCUUGGCAGGCUGUGAUGCUGUUCCUGAAGUCAUUGUGAAGGUGGAACCUGAAGGGGAGUUGUACAAGAGGCGUCUGCAUGGAUCCGGUGACCCAGAGGGCCCUGGCCAUGGUGCUGGAGCAGGUGACAAGUGGAGGCCCAAGGAGGAGGUGACAGCAGUGGUGUCAGAGGUGGUGGAGAGCCAGAGGAUGUUGUCCUCAAGGGAUUCCCACAGUCCCCAGCCCAGAGGUCUCUGCCUGGAGAAGGUGUCAGCUCCAGCAUCCAGCGGUGUGCCGACUGCUCCCUCUGUCUGCAGGAUGGGCACAGCCAGAGUCUCUGUCUCCAAGCAGUCACCUCCCCAUGGCCAUGCAGGCAAAGGUUCAUUUGCCUGCAGUGAGUGUGGGAAGAGGUUCAAACACAAGCUCAGCCCGGUCGCCCACCAGCGCAUCCAUACAGGAGAGAAGCCCUUUGCCUGCCCAGAGUGUGGGAAGAGCCUCAACAACAAACGCAACCUGAUCAGCCACCAGCGCAUCCACACCGGGGAGAAGCCCUUUGCCUGCCCAGAGUGUGGCAGGAGGUUCAACCACAAACAGACCCUGGUCACCCACAAGUGCAUCCACACUGGUGAGGAGCCCUUUGCCUGCACGGAGUGCAGCAAGAAGUUCAACCACAAACAGGCCCUGGUCAACCACCAGCGCAGCCACAGCAGUGAGAAGCCCUUUGCCUGCACUGAGUGUGGCAAGAGGUUCAAACACAAAAUCAGCCUGGUUGCCCACCAGCAUGUCCACACUGGCAAGAAGCCUUUCAGCUGCACUGAGUGUGGCAAGUGCUUCAUGUACAAAAGCACCAUGACCUUCCACCAACGCCUGCACACCGGGGAGAAGCCUUUCUCCUGCGCUGAGUGUGGCAAGUGCUUCAUGUACAAAUGGACCAUGGCCUUCCACCAGCGCCUCCACACCGGCGAGAAGCCUUUCACCUGUCCCGAGUGUGGCAAGAGCUUCAUCCAGAAAUCCAAACUAGUCAGCCACCAGCGCAUCCACACCGGGGAGAAGCCCUUUGUCUGCAACGAGUGUGGCAAGUCAUUCAUGCACAAAAGCACCCUGGCCUUCCACCAGGUGAUCCACUCUGGCAAGAAGCCCUUUGUCUGCACUGAGUGUGGCAAGAGCUUCAGCUACAAAAUCCGCCUGGUCUACCACCAGCGCAUCCACACUGGAGAGAAGACCUUCACCUGCUCAGAGUGUGGGAAGAUCUUUUACCACAAACGCAGCCUCAUCAGCCACCAGCACACCCACACUGGUGAGAAGCCCUUUGCCUGCACAGAGUGUGGCAAGAGAUUCAGCCACAAACAGACCCUGGUGAACCACCAGCACAUCCACACUGGUGAGAAGACCUUCACCUGCUCAGAGUGUGGGAAGAUCUUCUACAACAAACGCAGCCUGAUCAGCCACCAGCGCAUCCACACUGGCAUGAAGCCCUUUGCCUGCACUGAGUGUGGCAAGAGAUUCAACAACAAACAGACCCUGGUCAGCCACCAGCGCAUCCACACAGGAGAGAAGCCCUUUGUCUGCAAUCAGUGUGGCAAGAGCUUCCAUCACAAACACAGCCUGCUCAGCCACCAGCACAUCCACACUGGCGAGAAGCCCUUUGCCUGCACUGAGUGUGGCAAGAGAUUCAGCCACAAAUCCAGCCUGGUCACUCACCAGCGCAUCCAUACAGGCGAGAAGCCCUUCACCUGCCCAGAGUGUGGCAAGAGAUUCAACUACAAAAUCUGCCUGACCAGCCACCAGCGCAUCCACACUGGUGAGAAGCCCUUUGCCUGCACUGAGUGUGGCAAGAGAUUCACCAACAAAGGCAACCUGAUCAGCCACCAGCGCAUCCAUACUGGAGAGAAGCCUAUUGCCUGCCCAGAUUGUGGGAAGAGCUUCAACCAGAGAAGUAACCUGGUAACUCACCAGUGCACCCACACUGAUGAGAAGCCCUUUGUCUCCACUGAAUGUGGCAAAAACUUCAACCAUAAAAUCACUCUGGUCUCCCAGCAGCCCAUCCACACUGGGGAGAAGCCCUUUGCCUGCACUGAGUGUGGCAAGAAGUUCAAACACAAAAUCAGCCUGGUCAACCACCAGCGCAUCCACACUGGGGAGAAGCCCUUUGCCUGUUCAGAGUGCGGCAAGAGCCUCAACAACAAACGCAACCUGAUCAGCCACCAGCGCAUCCACACCGGGGAGAAGCCCUUUGCCUGCACCGAGUGUGGCAAGAGCUUCUGCCACAAAGCCAGCCUGGUGAGCCACCAGCGCAUCCAUACAGGUGAGAAGCCCUUUGCCUGCUCUGAGUGCGGCAGGAGCUUCAACCAGAAAAGCCAGAUGGUUACCCACCAGCGUGUCCACACUGGUGAGAAGCCCUUUGCCUGCACAGAAUGUGAUAAGAGAUUCAAAUCCAAAAGCAGCCUGGUCAGCCACCAGUACAUCCAUACAGGUGAGAAGCCCUUUGCCUGUCCUGAGUGUGGCAACAGCUUCAAGUGGAAACGCAGCCUGGUCAUCCACCAGUGCAUCCACGCUGGCAAGAAGCCCUUUGCCUACAAUGAGUGUGGCAAGAGCUUCUGCCAUGAAAACAACCUGGUCACUCACCAGCGCACCCACUCUGAUGAGAAGCCAUUCGUCUCCACUGAAUGUGACAAAAUCUUCAACCAUACUAUCGCUGUGGUCUCGCCAAGCAAGGUUCUGUUUCCCAUGAGCUCCCUACCUGCUUUGGAGUAUGUGGGAAGAUUCCCCCCACGGCGCAGCACAGAUUUGUUUUCUCCCACUGCUGUUUUCUUCGGUUACUGCGCACUUCCCGCAGCCUCGGGCAGUGUGCGGGAGGGGAUCAGCCCCAGGCAGCCAAGUGGCAGCAGAGUCCCGGGCGAGGGCAGGUGGCGGUGGCGGGAAGCGCUGCCGGUGGCGCUGAGGGGAGCCGGUGAGGCCCCGCGGCAGGGGAGGCUGCCCCGCGCGGCGCCGGCGGAGGGGCCAAUGGGAGCGGCGCUGCAGGUCACGUGGCGGGGAGGGCGGGGCUCAGGCGGGGCCGGCAGCGCCUUCGGGGCUCGUGCUGCCGGCAGAACUUCCGGGAGGGGCGUGGCUGGGGCCGGAAGUGGCAGCGGGGGGCGGGAGCGAGGCUGGGGAGCGAAGCGUCCCUGGCGCUGCGGAGCCUGCGGGGGCGCCGGUGCCAGAGGGGGCAGCGUGAGGCAGGGCGCAGCGGGGGCGUGGGGAGCGGAGUACCCGAGGAGAACGAUGCCUCCCGGAGGGGAGCAGGGAAAGCGCCGUGAUGAGCGAGGCUUGCCGGGGGGCAGCGGGAACCUGUCGGCGGGAAGCGGGGAUCCCCGGCAGGAAGAGAAGCCCCCUCUGCGGAGAGAGAUGAUCCCCGGAGAGGAUCGGGGAGCCCCUGCUGUGGUCUCCCGGUCCGCCAUGGCAGGGCAGACGCAGGUACCGGUGACCUUCGAGGACGUCGCCGUCUACCUGAGCCGUGCCGAGUGGGAGGCCAUCAGCGAGGAGCAGCAGGAGCUGUACCGCAGCGUCAUGCUGGAUGUCUGCGAGCUCUUGAGAUCCCUGGGCAUCCAGGCACAGCCCCCACUGGGAACUGAGCAUGAGAUGUUUGGAGGUCACCAUCCUGGCUCCCGGCAGGAGGAGGUGUCCCAGCAGCCCACUGACCGUGAUGCUGUUCCUGAAGUCAUUGUGAAGGUGGAACCUGAAGGGGAGUUGUACAGGAGGCGUCUGCAUGGAUCCGGUGACCCAGAGGGCCCUGGCCAUGGUGCUGGAGCAGGUGACAAGUGGAGGCCCAAGGAGGAAGUGACAGCAGUGGUGUCAGAGGUGGUGGAGAGCCAGAGGAUGUUGUCCUCAAGGGAUUCCCACAGUCCCCAGCCCAGAGGUCUCUGCCUGGAGAAGGUGUCAGCUCCAGCAUCCAGCGGUGUGCCGACUGCUCCCUCUGUCUGCAGGAUGGGCACAGCCAGAGUCUCUGUCUCCAAGCAGUCACCUCCCCAUGGCCAUGCAGGCAAAGGUUCAUUUGCCUGCAGCGAGUGUGGGAAGAGCUUCAGCCUGAAGAGCAGACUAAUUCGGCACCAGCGUACGCACAGCAGCGAGAGGCCCUUUGCCUGCAGCGAGUGUGGGAAGAGCUUCCACCACAAAAGCACCCUGGCCAUCCACCAGGUGAUCCACUCUGGCAAGAAGCCCUUUGCGUGCACCGAGUGUGACAAGAGAUGCACCACCAAAAGCAGCCUGAUCAGCCACCAACGCAUCCACACUGGUGAGAAGCCCUUUGCCUGCACUGAGUGUGGCAAGAGAUUCAGCCACCAAAGCAACCUGAUCUCCCACCAGCACAUCCAUACAGGCAAGAAGCCCUUCACCUGCCCAGAGUGUGGUAAGAGCUUCACCCAGAAACUCAGCCUGAUCUGCCACCAGCACAGCCACACUGGUGAGAAGCCCUUUGCCUGCACUGAGUGCGGCAAGAGAUUCAGCCACAAAUCCAGCCUGGUCACCCACCAGCACAUCCAUACAGGCAAGAAGCCCUUCACCUGCCCAGAGUGUGGUAAGAGCUUCACCCAGAAACUCUGCUUGAUUAGCCACCGGUACAUCCACGCUGGUGAGAAGCCUUUUGUCUGCAAUGAGUGUGGCAAGAGCUUCAUCAGGAAAUCCAGACUAGUCUACCACCAGCGCAUCCACACUGGGGAGAAGCCCUUUGUCUGCAAUGAGUGUGGCAAGUCAUUCCUGGAGAAAAACACCCUGGCCAUCCACCACUUGACCCACACCGGGGAGAAGCCCUUUGUCUGCACUGAAUGUGGCAAGAGGUUCGGCCAGAAAAGCGGCCUGGCCACCCACCAGCGCAUCCACACAGGAGAGAAGCCCUUUGUCUGCACUGAGUGUGGCAAGAGAUGCACCACCAAAGGCAACCUGACCAGCCACCAGCUUGUCCACUCUAAAGAGAAGCCCUUUGUCUGCACUGAGUGUGGCAAGGGAUUCAACCACAAAUCCAGCCUGAUCUCCCACCAGCACAUCCAUACAGGCAAGAAGCCCUUCACCUGCCAAGAGUGUGGUAAGAGCUUCACCCAGAAACUCUGCUUGAUUAGCCACCAGCGCCUCCACAGUGAUGGGAAUCCCUUUGUCUGCAAUGAGUGUGGCAAGAGGUUCACCAACAAAGGCAACCUGAUCAUCCACCAGCGCCUCCACAGUGAUGGGAAUCCCUUUGUCUGCAAUGAGUGUGGCAAGAGAUGCACCAGUAAAGGCAACCUGAUCAUCCACCAGCGCAUCCACACCGAGGAGAAGCCCUUUGCCUGCCCAGAGUGUGGCAAGAGAUUCAGCCAGAAAAGCAGACUGGGCGAACACCAGAGCGUCCACACUGAUGAGAAGAACUUCACCUGCACCAAGUGUGGGAAGAGCUUCAAGACGAAACGCACCCUGGUCCGCCACCCGUGCAUCCAUACUAGUGAGAAGCGCUUUACCUGCACUGAGUGUGGCAAGAAGUUCACGCAGAAAGUCAGCCUGGUCACCCACCAGCGCAUCCACACUGGAGAGAAGCCUUUUACCUGCUCGGAGUGUGGGAAGAGCUUCACCAGCAAAUGCACCCUGACCAGCCACCAGCGCAUCCACACCGGGGAGAAGCGCUUUGCCUGCACCGAGUGUGGCGAGAGAUUCACCUACAAACCCAGCCUGGUCACUCACCAGCGCAUGCACACCGGAGAGAAGCCCUUCAGCUGCAAUGAGUGUGGCAAGAGAUUCUACUACAAAAAAAGCCUGGUCAACCACCAGCGCAACCACACCGGGGAGAAGCCCUUUGCCUGCACCGAGUGUGGCAAGAGAUUCAAGACCAAAAGCAGCCUGGUGAGCCACCAGCGCAUCCACACGGAUGAGAAGCCCUUUGCCUGCACCAAGUGUGGCAAGAGAUUCAAUCAAAAAAGCAACCUGCUCAGCCACCAGCGCACCCACACUGAUUAGAAGCCCUCUGUCUGCACUGAAUAUGGCAAAAACUUCAACCGAAAUCUUUUGGUCUCUCAACAGCCCAUCCACACUGGCAAGAUGACCUUUGUCUACCGUGAGUGUGGCAAGAGGUUCAAGCAGAAAAGCAACCUGGUCACUCACCAAUGCAUCCACGUCAGAGAGAAGACCUUUGCCUUCUCCCAGUGUGUCAGGAGCUUCAGCCUGAACUUGGCACCUCACCCAUGCACUGGAGCCGCUUUACCCCUGCCCUGAGCACAGCAAGGUCUUCAC